UUUUUUUUUUUUUUUUUUUUAUGAAUUAGGUACCUCCUAGUUAAGAUGAUUAUUGUAUGGCAUGGCACCCUGGGCAUCGCAGAGUUGCUAUGUACAACUUACAGCGGGUAAGCCACUAAUAAGACCCCUGUCCGGCCCUGCAAAGCUAAUGGGAUCCACCUAAAGUUCCUAACCUUUUAGUUGCACAGCUUUUUUUCCGACUUGGACCCAUCGAUGUAAGAGACUACCUAGGUAGGUACAAGACUACAAGACUACAAGACUGCAAGAUGGUACGAUGAUCUCAACCGUUAGGUAGUUAAGCUUAUCAACUUUCACCCGCCAGAAUGAAGACUUUUUACCAAACCUCGUGGCGCGCACUCCGAGCCGGCUCUUCGUCAUGGGCAUGCGCGUCAUGUCGCCGAGCCUUCAUCCGGACUCCUCCCCGCCGGUCCGUAGCGAAUUCCUCGGCGAGAAAACAGCAGGCUACCACAUCCCCCGGACCCGGGAUGCCGUCGAUGGAACGGGUGCGCGAGUACUACAAAUAUAAGAACCGCACGACUAUGUAUUACACGCUUAGCGUUAUACUCGGUACCGUUGCCUUCUCGUACGGCUCAGUGCCGAUGUAUAAGAUGAUCUGCCAGACAACCGGCUGGGGCGGCCAGCCUAUACGCGCAUCUGGCCACGGCCCCUCGAGCGACGACGCAGACUUUGGCCAGGCAUCCCGACUUAUCCCCGUGACGGAUGCGCGGCGCAUCCGUGUCACAUUCAACGCCUCGGUUUCGGAUGUUCUGCCGUGGAAGUUUGUACCGCAGCAGCGGGAGGUGCGAGUAUUACCUGGCGAGACGGCGCUGGCGUUCUACACGGCGACGAACCGCAGCGACAGCGACAUCAUCGGCGUGGCGACAUACAGCGUCACGCCCGCGCAGGUCGCGCCGUACUUCAGCAAGAUCCAGUGCUUCUGCUUCGAAGAGCAGCGGCUGAACGCGGGGGAGACGGUCGAUAUGCCUGUGUUCUUCUACCUCGACCCGGAUAUGCUGAAUGAUUUAAACAUGCGCGGGAUUAACGAGGUCACGCUAAGCUAUACGUUCUUCAAGGCGAAGUACGAUGAUAAUGGGAGUUUCAAGUCCUUCCCGACAGCGUAGAUAUUAUGUACCAUACUGUAUUAGAAUGGAUAGCAGCUUUGUAUCAGUAUUGAUAUCAGUGUUGAGAGCAUUUCAAUAUCAAGUCUUUUCGCGAAACGACGACCCGUGCUCCUCCUUUUCUGCCUACCGCCUGAGACUUGAGUUAGGUACGCUUUGGUGCUACGUUUUGGUGCUUACACUUGGCUCAACAAGAUAGAGAUAGUACCAGAUAUAAUGCUGAGAGUUUGGGUAUGAGACCUACAUCUAAAAAAUGAUAUAUAUAUAUAUGCCUAUGUAUGCCUAGGUAUGGAUAGGUAUGAAUAGGUAUGAAUAGUUGCAAAUGCUACACACACUUUUAAAGGGAGGGGAGAGGAGAAGGCAUUAGUGCAAGCCGCACCAAAAAGUACAAAUGUACCUAGGUACACGCUGCUACUUACGUCACUUCUAACUUUCCCAAUUCGAAUUAACAGGUACAUAGGUACCUAG